UAGAAGAAGCUAAUUCUGGUUGCUCGUAGCGACAGCUGAGCAUCAUAAACAACCUUCAUGUUUCUGUGAUUAGCUUGCUGUUACCAUAACUUAAUUUGACUCACUGCACUGUCUUUUAAAACGUUUUAUAGCCAGCCUUACAUUGCAGGCGGGAGGACAAGUUGAUGGAAGUUCCGUGGUUGUUGUGAAAGUCCAGUUUGGCUUAUGGCAGAGCUUCACAUUAUAGGCCAUAUCGUUGGAGCCAGCGGAUUUCCUCAAAGCAGUCUGUUUUGCAAGUGGGGUAUCCACACAGGAGGCGCAUGGAGACUUUUGUCUGGUUUGAGGGAGGGGCAGACCCAAGUCGAUUUCCCCCAGAUAGGUGAAAUGGCCUACUGGAGUCACCCCAUUGACAUUCAUUACACCACCAAAGGUCUUCAGGGUUGGCCCAAGCUCCACGUGCAGGUGUGGCACCAGGACUCGUUCGGCCGUUGCGAGCUGUACGGUUACGGCUACUGUCACGUCCCGUCCACCCCGGGACAGCACCGGCUGCAGUGUGCCACCUGGCGACCCCUGGGCUCCUGGCAGGAGCAGCUGUCCCAGAUGUUCGUGGGGGGCGGGCCGCAACUGCGCUCGCCGGACCUGAUCUACAGCGGCGCGGACCGCUACCGCCUCCACACGGUGGCUAUGGGGGUGGUGGAGGUGGAGCUGGGGGUCAUCUUGCGCCAUUUCGACAGAUACGGCGUGGAGAGCUGAAACGGUUUGAAAACAAACAAACAACAACAACAAACACAACAAUAGCCAAAAAAGGGUGUGGAAGGCUGAAAUGGUUCGUAAACAGGUAAAAAAGGUAGGUGUGCACACUGCCAAGUGAGCUCACAAAAAUAAACUUUAUCAGGUUAAAAACAAGCAAUGUUUCGAUCCCCCUGGAUCUUCGUUAAGUUUAUUUUCUGAGCUAAUUUGGCAGUAUGCAGACCUACCCUAUUGUCUGGCACCUGCAAAAAAAAAAGUCUUUGGAUGUGCGCACCCUUCCCAAAAGGACUAGUUUCGGAAACAAACAUUAAAAAGACAGAAAGACAUGCCGAGAGAAAUUCAAUCGCUAUGAAGACAUUAUGUUGGCUGCAAAAGAUUAUUGCACAGUGUGGUACUGAAACGCCCUUAGACAUGUUGUGGUCUCCUGGUCGUCCAUAGAGGCUGAAAUAUUAUCUGCCGCCACCACACA